AUGAAGUUCUCGAGUGCCAUUACUGCCGGUCUGCUGGCCACCGGAGCUACGGCCUUUGACAAAUAUCAGCCCUGGGGCAAGCGCGACUAUUCCUGCAUCAACGUAUACCAGGGCAUCCCCGAGAAUGCGACCUUGAGCCCCGGCCAAGAAAUCGAGUUGCGUUGGAAUCGCGAACCGACCACGCACUGCGGAAACCCGCUCGCCGAGUAUCCUGCCAGUAACUACUCGAUCUGGCUGUGGAACAACCCGCAGCGCGUUCCCAACUCGAUCAAUUUCGACGCACGAGUGAAGGUCGUCGACGAGAUUCCGUCCAUCACGAGCAAAAUCUCGGUGAAGAUCCCCACCGAUUUGCCCAAGGUUGACGAUGACUCGGUGUGGUACAUGAGACUGGAUACUACGUUGGGUUCUGCUCCUCAGAUGCCUUCUCUUUUCAACGCCGCCGGCCCGCUUACCAUUGCGUCUCACCAGGCAGCGUAG